GGAAAUCAAUGAUUCGCUUGGUCUGUGACAAAGUUGUUCAGAUUAGAAGAGAAGUACCUUGGAUAUUUUCAAAACUGCAAAGGAAGGAUGGAGAAUAUAGUAGUAGAGUUUUACAACAACAGCUUGUGGGACAGAAUGCCGGUCUAUAAUGUAACAGAUACUUCUCCUAAUAACAACACAAAAUUGAAUCAAAGAGACGAAGAACUUGCAAAAAUUGAGAUUGCUGUCCAAGUAGCGAUUUUAACAUUGGCUAUUUUUGGAAACUUAUGUGUACUGUAUGCAUUAUGGAGAAGAAAACGGAAAGUUACUCGCAUGCAUAUUUUCAUAAUGCAUUUAUGCAUUGCAGACUUGCUGGUGGCAAUAUUUAAUAUUUUGCCACAAAUGGUUUGGGAUGUUACAAAUAAAUUUCAGGGUGGAGACUUUUUGUGUCGAUUUAUUAAAUACAUGCAGGUUUUUGUAAUGUACUUAUCCACCUAUAUUCUCGUCAUGACAGCUAUCGACAGAUAUCGGGCGAUAUGUCAUCCCUUAUCUAACCAUACAUGGACACCUAGAUUAGUAAAAGUGAUGAUAGGUGGUGCAUACUUCAUUGCAGGAGUGCUGAGUAUUCCUCAAUUUAUCAUUUUCAAAUAUCAAGAAAGGGCAAACAGUGGGGUUGUGGAUUGCUGGGUAGAAUUUUACCCAAUAUGGACAUUGGAUCUUUAUGUCAUUUCGUUUACAGUUUUGGUUUACAUUAUUCCACUGAUUAUACUAUCUGCAUGCUAUGGAUCUAUAUGUUAUACAAUUUGGAAAAAAUAUAAACUUUCGGAGGAAUCUGGUAACUACAUCCAACGUAACGAGGACAGACGAUCCAGCAUACAAGGCAACAGUUCACCGUCAUAUUCAUCCAAGGCAGUCCUAACUAACAAUCGGCGAGGCACUCCUUCUGUAAACAUUAUUCUCCGAUCACAUUCAUUUCGAGGAUUCAGCAAAGCUAAGUUAAAAACAGUGAAGUUGACCUUUGUGAUUAUUUUGGCGUAUAUAACAUGUUGGUCACCGUUUUUUAUUUCACAGCUUUGGUGGUUAUGGAACCCGGCAGCUCCAUAUACUAAUGACGCAGUGGUAAUCAUGUUAUUGUUGGCUAGCCUUAACAGUUGUUGUAAUCCAUGGAUAUAUCUGGCAUUCAGUGGAAAUAUGCUUUCUCACCUGAACCCCUGUAAAUGUAAAAACAAUAACGUCAUUAACUCACCAUAUGAAGGGAAGUUAAGACAUCUUUGUCUUUGCUCAUGUGCAGACUCCAGAACCAAUGGAUUAUCUUUAAAUUUAAACAUUCAACGUGAAUCAGUAACAUCAACCAAAUCGACUGUUGUAACAUUCAGUUCUGAACAAAACAAGUUCAAAUCGGUUGCUAUUCCACUGAAAGAAUUGAAUUGA